CGCAAAAUAGAGAAAUCCGGAGAUAUCCAUUAUAAGUCCAUUGACUGGAGAAGGAAAGAGAGCUCGGGCUUUAGGCAAUGGCGGCCAUUAGAGUUGCAGCUACAGCUUAUGGGGCCCUCCAUUCUCCCCUUUUCUUCAAUGGAAUCAACAGGAAUUGGUGCCUUCUCUCUGUUCGAAGAAAGCCACUGUCAAUACCAAAGCUCAAGCUUUUGCCCUCUCGAUUCGACACCAAGAAUGGUUACAAAACUUUCAGAGCUAUUUAUAGGCCAGAAGUCGAGAUCAAAGAGGAGGGUCAGCCUGAGACUUUUGAUUACAGAGUCUUCCUUCUCGAAAAGUCUGGCAAAAAGGUUUCACCUUGGCAUGACAUUCCAUUGCACUUGGGUGAUGGGGUUUUCAAUUUUGUUGUGGAAAUACCUAAAGAAACGAGUGCAAAAAUGGAAGUUGCUACAGAUGAACCAUUUACUCCAAUAAAGCAGGAUACAAAGAAGGGAAAACUUCGAUAUUAUCCGUACAACAUAAAUUGGAAUUAUGGAUUGCUUCCACAGACAUGGGAAGACCCAUCUUUUGCUAAUCCGGAAGUUGAGGGGGCAUUUGGUGACAAUGAUCCUGUUGAUGUGGUUGAGAUCGGAGAAACAACUGGCAAGAUCGGUGAGAUACUCAAAGUUAAACCUUUAGGAGCUUUGGCAAUGAUUGAUGAAGGGGAGCUUGACUGGAAAAUUGUUGCUAUUUCUCUGGAUGAUCCUAAAGCUUCACUUGUAAAUGAUGUUGAAGAUGUUGAGAAGCAUUUCCCGGGCACUCUGACUGCAAUUAGGGACUGGUUUAGAGAUUACAAGAUACCAGAUGGAAAGCCUGCUAACAAUUUUGGUUUGGGCAAUAAGGCAGCAAACAAGGAGUAUGCCCUGAAGGUUAUCACUGAGACAAACGAGUCAUGGUCCAAACUUGUCAAAAGAUCCCUUCCUUCUGGGGGGCUUUCUCUCGUAUGAUUGCAAAUAUCAGCAGAAGUUUGAUGCUCGAGGCCUCGAGCUAUUUAUGCCACUCAAUUCUGUGGUGCCCAUCUUUUCCCUUUCUGUCAGAAACUAUUUUGAGUAUUGCUUAGGUUAAGUCUUUUGAAUCUGGUUCUUCUUUGUAGGCUCAUUCACUGAUUUGCUGCGUAGCAUGUGGUAUAGAGUUGUACGAUGCACCAUCUAUUUUGGCUGUCACUUAUUUUUGAUACACCUGAAGGUGUACCAUGUACAUUAUUUGGAAUCAAAUCAAUCGCGUUAUUAUUAAUUGUUAUCA